AGCUGUCAUGGCGGCCACCACUUUGAGUGUGCAGCGUGCGAUUCGGAAAGGUAUCAGCCCGUCUUUGGUGGUGAUUUUAGGGGCCUCUGGAACUGGCAAGUCUAAACUGGCUAUCGAGAUUGGAAAAAGACUUCAGGGGGAAAUAAUAAGCGCCGAUUCCAUGCAGGUAUACAAAGGCCUGAAUAUCAUCACCAAUAAGGUUACAGAAGAGGAACAAGCGCAGUGUCCCCAUCACAUGAUCAGCUUUGUGGAUCCGUUGGUCAGUGGAUACACGGUGGUGGACUUCAGAAACAAAGCUCUCUCUCUCAUAGAGGACAUGCAUCGUCGGAAAAAACUUCCCAUCAUCGUCGGAGGCACGAACUACUACAUUGAGUCGAUUUUAUGGAAAAUACUCAUUGACUCUGGGGGGAGUGACACAGAGUCAGAAAGGGGUGUGGCUUCCGAAUCAAGGGAGGAUCUUGAGAAAUUAGGAGGUCCUGAACUUCACAGACGGCUGAAGGAAGUGGACCCCGACAUGGCAGCCUUAUUACACCCUCAUGAUGCCCGCAAGAUUGCGAGGAGUCUGCAGGUCUACAUGAAGAGUGGAGUUCCACACAGUCAGAUUUUGGAGGAGCAGCGAGGGCAGGAUGGCGGGGAUUGUCUCGGGGGUCCGCUGCGGUUUCGUGAGCCCUGCAUCUUCUGGUUGCAUUCAAACAUGGAUGCUCUGGAUGAGAGACUGGACAAGCGUGUGGAUGAGAUGCUGUCUCUUGGGCUGAUUGAUGAGCUCAGAGAUUUUCACCAGCGCUUCAAUGAGAAGAAGAUUCAAGACAACAGCCAGGACUAUCAGCAUGGCAUAUUCCAGUCGAUCGGCUUUAAAGAGUUUCACGAGUAUCUGACAGCGAGUAAAGACAUCAGUCAGGAAGAACAUGAAAAACUAAAGAUCAAGGGGAUCGAAUGUCUCAAGCAGGUGACCCGACGCUACAUCCGGAAGCAGAACAAAUGGGUGCGCAACCGGUUUCUUAAGAGGCCUGCUAGCAACGUGCCACCCGUUUACGGUCUCGAUGUGACCGACGUGACCAAUUGGGAGACGACUGUGUUGACUCCUGCUUUAGAGAUACUCGAAUGCCUCCAAAAGGGAGAGCAGCCGUCCGUGCAGCCAAUCAGAGCAGAGGGGGCGGAGACACGCAACAAGCGUCGUCAUCACAUGUGUGAACUGUGCGAUAAGGUGAUCAUCGGCGAUUUGGAAUGGACAGCACAUCAGAAGUCCAAGAACCAUCUCUACCAAGUCCGCAAGAGGAGAAAAGCGGAGCCGGUCCCAGAUCAGCCUCAGGACAUUAACACCACUGAACCUGAACCUGUACAUGUGAGUGACAGACAGGUCCCAGUGCUCUAGUCUCUACUGUGGCUUAUAGGUUCAAGCUCACAGAUGGACCGCAGAAAUGAAGAGCUCCGGUGUGGAUCAUGAUGUUUUUUUGAGAUCAAUAAUAAUCUUUCAAGAAAGUACUUUCUGGCCUCUGUGAUGGACCGGAGAGAGCAAUAGUGAUUCUUCAACUGAACCUGUGGAGUAACCGUUUGGACACCCGGAUUUUAUGUUUUUCCCAUUGAUUUUAGACCAAGUUACGGCUAAUUUCUGGAUUCACAUUCUUAAACUGGACACGUGACUUCUCACAGAUGUUGAGUGGUGCGUUUUUACACCCAAGCAAGUCAGGUUUCUUUUAAUCUUUUUGCCUUUUUCUCACCGGACUGCAGGACACUGUUGUUGGAUUAUUGGAUUACUUAUUGUAGACCUAGACUGGAGCAUAUUUUUAUUUUUUUAGAUGCAGAACAUUUCUCCCCCGUUAGUGCCUUUUUAGUUGGUUCUAGUUUAGUUUUUAUUUCAGCUAGACAGAAAAAUUGUCACUUACAUUCCAAACCUGAAUUACUAAAUCGUUCAGUUUUUCCUCGUGUGUAUGGACAAAAAAGUAAUUCAGGUUUAGUGGACGAGUAAAUGACAUCGUUUCUGUCUGAAUGAAACCUGCAUUGAAUUUUUGGUUUGUGUGUACAGAAUGAUGUCUAUCUUCUAAAUUGUGUAAUCUAAUUAAAGUGAUUUUUAUGAUUUAAAGGUCCAGUGUAUGAAAUUUAGUGACAUCUAGCGGUGAGGUUACGUAUUACAACCAAUGGCUAACUGCACCCCUCCCAUUUUCAAGUACUACGGACAGAUGUCGUCACGUUUUCACUUCUUUGCCGAAGGAGAUAACGUAUUUAGGAAACACGCUCUGUAGAGCAGUUUGUCCGUUUAGGCCUACUGUAGAAACAUCAUGGCGAGUUCUGUGCAAUGGGACCCCCGGUGUAUGUAGAUAGAAAUAGCUCAUUCUAAAAAACAACGCUUCGUUAUGUAAGGUCUUUAGACACCUCUGAAG